UUCUCUAUACAAAAUAUUAUUGAUAGAUCUGAUAUUGGAUGCGUACAUACUUAUAUUAAAAGCUCGGCUUAGAUAACUUUUUACUUAAGAGUAAUUAUGGAUUUAAUGGAGAUACUAAAAUGUCCAGUAUGUCUUGGGAAAUUUAAUAAUCCUAAACAACUUCCGUGUCAACAUAGUUUAUGUAACAGACCGUGCCUGGAGGAAUUAUUAAGAUCACGGAAUGGACAUUUCAGUUGCCCGGUAUGCAAGACAAGGCAUGAUUCUCCAGUCGGCGGAGCAGAUGCAGUCCCAAAGUGCCUAGUUCUUCAGCAAUUACUUGAUGUCGCUGAGAAACACAGAGAAACGCUGUUAUCAUCGAGAAAAACGAAAGCAUAUUUGGCGAGUGACGAGAUCAAUGGAACAGAUCAUGGAUCUUCCAAUGUUAACUUGUCGAGUGAGGAAGCGUCCGAAAUAGGCUUAUCAUCUGUCUGCAACGUUUGCACAGAAAGAGGCGGGCUAUGUGAAACAUGUCUACACUGCGGGGAGAAAUUGUGCCAACAAUGUCAUGAAAUACACUUGAAUCUUGUUCGAAAUGCAAUUCUUACAUACCAUGAUCACAUACAACUGGUGAAAACUCGAUUAGAAGAAAAGCAAACAGCUACAAGGUAUAUUCUCAGUGAGAACGAAGAAGUUGCAACAGAUGGUGAUAUAAAGAUGCUGUUUCAACUGUUUGAACAAAAGGAGCAUGACAUGAUUCCUUACUUUGAAUCGGUUAAAUUAAUAAUAGACGAAACUUUUGAUGAAAAUAAUCUGAUUGCUGUUAUGUUCCAAGGAGAAGUACACCUGUCUGCCCUAUCGGAAAUUGAGAUCAACCCCGCUAUGUAUAAAUUACAGACGCAACUUGAGCGGCAUAGUUACCCAGCUGCAAGUUAUGAAAAUCGACAGCCGAGUAAAUACCGGAGUAAUCAUUCGAGAAACAAACCAGUAAAUCACAAUGUGUCUACUGACUUUGUCCCUGUUGUUCAUCUGAAAGUUGAUCUCCCAAACCCUGGCAACAGAAGCAGAUCAGGACAACAGAACAAUGAUAUGAACUUCCAUGCCGGAACCGAAGCUCAAAGACAAGGGAUAACCAUUAUCCAUCAGAGUCGAAACAACAACCAAAAUCACACUAAAAAUUUGAGGUGCCUUGUGUGUUUCAUAGCAGUCAUGAUAACUGGAAUCAGAUUUGGAAUAGGGAUAUGGACAUCAACUGAAGGAGAUGGCAUUGUAAAAAUCAUUGGAAGCAUUUUGAUAGCGAAGAGUGUCCUUGACCUUUUGCUGAUAUUCUGGGGGUCCAUAAAAAUGCUGCAAGAAGAUAUCAGACCAAACUGGAAACCAGUUUUGUGGUCAUCUGCAGCGUUGGUUAAUGUUUUUCUUUCGAGUUCAGUGGCAAUUUUAACUUACGCACCGGAUAAUGACGUCAGCACAUAUGAACAUGCUCAGCUCAUUGUUGUCGGAAUAGACUGUGUUUGGAGUGGUCUUAUUUUGAUCUCAAUGUUGAUACUACUACAAAAAUAUUUAAAACUUUAGAACAGUAAUGUAAACGCGACCUAAAGGAUACAAUAGUAGUCAUGUGAUGACAUAUAACAUGUUUGUUUAUAUCAAGAAUUCAUUAUACUCCGAUCAAACGUGUUUUGGGGUCUACCUUCCUUAGAAUCACUUUGUGUUGGUUUCCUCUAUGAACUUCAUUUUCAACAUAUUUUACAACUACGACAAUGACUUUCAAUCCCCUAGCUGAUCGCAAUUAUUAUUCAUUUGAUACAAGGGUGCAUAUCGCAAUAACUGGAAAUGUACACAGACAAUUCCCAGAUGCAUGCAAUGUUACGUGAAGUCUCUUUUUGUGUUUAAUUGUUAACAAUCAUUAAUAUAAACUGUAUAUAAACAAUCUUGACAACACUGAAGGGAAGAUAUUGUAAGUUAAUAGAUGUUCUGAGAUAAACGACAAGGGCACAAAGCGAAAAUAGAAAGAACCGGUACUCUGUCCCAAUUAAGUGUAAAGUUGUAUGCCUCGUUGAGUUUAAUAUUACAUUUUUACAAAAAUGA